CAUGCUGAAGUCAGGUGGUCAGUCUGUGUGGAUGCCAAGACCCACCGGGAGAUGAUGAUGCUGGGCCCGGAAGGUGGAGAGGGGUUUGUGGUGAAGGUUCAGGGCCUGCCGUGGUCUUGCUCGGUGGACGAAGUGCAGUGGUUCUCCGACUGCAAAAUUCAAAAUGGGGCUCAAGGUAUUCAUUUCAUCUACACCAGAGAAGGUAGACCGAGUGGAGAGGCUUUUGUUGAACUCAAAUCAGAAGAGAACGUCAAAUUGGCCCUGAAAAAAGACACAGAAACUAUGGGACACAGAUAUGUUGAAGUAUUCAAGUCAAACAACGUUGAAAUGGAUUGGGUGUUGAAGCAUACUGGUCCAAAUAGUCCUGACACGGCCAAUGAUGGCUUUAUGCGGCUUAGAGGACUCCCCUUUGGAUGUAGCAAGGAAGAAAUUGUUCAGUUCUUCUCAGGGUUGGAAAUUGUGCCAAAUGGGAUAUCAUUGCCAGUGGACUUCCAGGGGAGGAGUACAGGGGAGGCCUUUGUGCAGUUUGUUUCACAGGAAAUAGCUGAAAAGGCUCUAAAGAAAUACAAGGAAAGAAUAGGGCACAGAUAUAUUGAAACCUUUAAGAGCAGUUGAGCUGAAGUUAGAAGUCACUAUGAUCCACCACAAAAGCUUAUGGCCAUGCAGCGGCCAGGUCCCUAUGACAGACCUGGGGCUGGCAGAGGGUAUAACAGCAUUGGCAGAGGAGCUGGCUUUGAAAGGAUAAGGCGUGGUGCUUGUGGUGGAGGUUAUGGAGGCUAUGAUGACUACAAUGGCUACAAUGAUGGCUAUGGUUCUGGGUCAGAUAGAUUUGGAAGAGACCUCCAUUAUUGUUUUUCAGGAAUGUCUGACCACAGAUACGGGGACGGUGGCUCUACUUUCCAGAGCACUACUGGACACUGUGUACACAUGUGGGGAUUAUCUUACAGAGCUACUGAAAAAGACAUUUAUAAUUUUUUUUCACUGCUCAACCUUGUGAGAGUACAUAUUGAAAUUGAUCCUGAUGAGACCCAUGAAGAUGCUGUGGCAGCUAUGUCAAAAAACAAAGCAAAUAUGCAACACAGAUAUGUAGAACUCUUCUUGAAUUCUACAGCAGGAGCAAGCGGUGGUGCUUAUGAUAGCCAAAUGAUGGGAGGCAUGGACUUGUCAAACCAGUCCAGUUAUGGUGGCCCAGCCAGCCAGCAGCUGAGCGGUGGUUAUGGAGGCGGUUAUGGUGGCCAGAGCAGCAUGAGCGAAUAUGGCAGCCAAGGAGCAGUGAACAGCAGCUACUACAGUAACGGAAGCCAUGCAUCUGUGGGAGUGAAUGGAAUGGGAGGGAUGUCUAGCAUGUCCAGUAUGAGUGGUGGAUGGGGAAUGUAAUUGAUCCUUGUUGCUGACUCUUGGUCAAUAUUACUUUAAUGGG